CACACAAAAAUGCCUUUCAUGGCUGGCACUCAUUGUAUUGUUGCAUACCCGAAAGUGAUAUAACACUGGAGUCUACUUCAGUUGUAUGGGGCAAAUCCAGAAAUCAUUUCAACUACUGUUAACUAAAAUUCCACCAUAUGCUAAGUUUGAAAACACUCUCAGAGCAGAGAACACACACCCUCCAUGUUUCAAAGUGUCAAAACUUGCUGAAGAUGUCAAAGAAAGUGAAGACUUCCAUUUCGUCCUGCCUCUACCCUCCCACCGUCCUGCUGACUUGCUAAAAAACCAACAAAACUGGUAGUACAAAGUGUUUUCUAAAAUAACACUUGUAUCACUGACUCCUAUCUAGAUUUAUGUUUGUAUUUCAGGCUUCAGGGGAGCUUUUUAUGAGAUAUAUUAUUUCAAGCACAAUGGUUAAGCACAGUACAAGUGUAUUACAAUCUUUUGUAAAAUGUAGUUUAAGCUAAAAGGCAAACAGUUAUUAAUCUUAUAUUGGCACACUUUCAAGUUUUGGCUAUAUGCCAGGGAUUCCUGCAGGCGUGGUACCUAGAAUAUAAAAUGCAUUUAAAUACAGAUUGUUGGGAAUGGGGUUUGAGGUGCAAGUAAUAAAUUGUCUUUCAUUUAUCUGAUAAGGAAAAAAGCAAGUACCUACUCUAAAGUUUUCAGUAGUACAUUGGUAUGUGAGAUUUAUUCUGAUACUGUUCUGCUGAAUGAUAUAGUUGAGGCAGCUUUUGUUGUUGGUUUUAGUAACAAAAUCAAUUGCAUUGCAAAAUUUUUAAAAGCUUCUUUAGGGUGCUUUUUUUUUUUUUUUGACUGUGUAUGUUUGCUUGGCAGUGGCUCAGGAUUGCAGUGUAAUCUAAACUGUUUCCUUUAUUAUUGGACAUAGUAAUAAAGUUUUACAUAGAUCAUUAUUCAGGUUCCUUAUUUUUCACACUAUUUUAUAGUGAGUUAACUUUAACUUUUUUUCAGAGAAGCAAGAGAAAAGUUUUUGAUUCUGCAGUAGUUUCAGUGCCAGUGUACUUGCUUUGUCCCAUCUUGCGGCCGCUUAAGUAUUAGAGCAGAGGGAUUUGAUGGAAAAAGGGGCUGUGAGUCUACGUAGUAUUAUCAAUGGUAAUCAUUCAAGAAAUAGAAAGAAACCGUAUGAAGAAAUUAUUAGCAUCACGAGUAGUAGAAAUAUGUGCUAAUAAAACCUGAAUUCUUAUGGAAAAAUCCAUAGUGUCCCUUCUCCUGCUACAUGAUUGUUACCAGCUGUCCCUUGUGUUUCCUACCUGCCUGGCUGGGUAGAUGGCUGCGUGAAUGCCUCAUUCGUAGCUGUGUGUGCAGACUGGCCAGCUGGCUUGUUUUGGUUUUGGGUGUUUUGUGUUGCUUAAGAGAAUAAGGGAAUUAAUUAUGAAUCUGUGAGAAGUAGUCCGUAUAAAUUUGGCUUCUUCUGUAACCAGACAUGAACUUCAACAAAAAAUGUGGGAAUUCAGUAUCUCAUCUCCUUUUUGUUAAAUUUGGUUGGAGUUGACAGAGACUCUGAGGUUAAUAGCCAAUGGGAAAUUAAUAAACUGGCUGUGUCAUUGUAAAUUGUAGGUCUUUCUUCCUAGAAUUCCAAAACACUUGCACAUCAACCUCCCGAUUAGGUAUUUUUAAUCCUGAUGCUUUCUUAAUAUGAAAGGCUUAGUUUAAGAAAUUGAAGCCUUAUCUUCAUCCACGUGUAUAGGAAUAUUUUACUAUGUGCCACCGUGAAUGUUCGGUUACGUGAUCAAGCUCCUCUGCACAGCCCCAAGGGAGCCUGGAGAGGCAAUGGCAGGAGGGGGAGCCCAAACAGUACCCUGCGAGGCUGCUCCCAAGCCUUUCCCUGGAGCCAGCCCAUCACAGGCCCAUCUCCGCAGCCCCAGAGGAGCACAGGGGCACAGGUGGGAACCCAAACCAAGGACCCCGGGAAAGGAGCACCCUCUCCAGGGCAGUCCCAGCAAAGCCUUUGCCCAGUGUCCCGUCAUACUAAGGGUGUUGCUGCCCACUGCUGGGACACGUGGGCUGCAGGGGAAAACCAGUUUGGGAUCCCACAGGACUUACUAUGCGAUGUUUAGGGGAGGAACCAAAAGUGGGGCAAAGGAGGAGUUUAGGGGAUUUGGGGAGGAACAAGUGUUGAAAUAUAGAGGGGUAAGGGGAUGAAAAGGGCUGGCUGCAUGUAGGCAGUUGGCUGGUCACUGCGCUUGCCUGGCCAUGCCCUGCACUUGAUCAGCGCCUUGUGUCCUGCUCCUUAUUAAAUUCCAUUUUGGCUCUGUCCUGGGUGAGGGCUCUCUGGUUGGUGUGAGUGCAGCCACAGGGCACAUUGGAGCAAGCAUGGGUGAGCAAAGAUCAACUGCAUGAGCUGGUGAAGUGACCUGGGAGCAAGGGGGUCUGUGGGUCCCUAAGGGCAGCUCUGGUGUGAGAGUGUCUGUGUCUAUAGGGGCAAGAACAUGGCGGGGUCAGAUGUGGGACCAGGGGAGUCCCAGUUGGCUCUGUGUACCUGUGACAGUCUGUACUGGCAACUGGAGCCAGCCUGUGGCCUCAGGGACUCGUAUGUCUGCAGGCUGGGGAUGGGGAGACUGGGACCCAGGGGACAGCUACUGGGAGAGCCAGCUACUGGGAGAGCCAGCUGCUGGAGGGGUCCGCCUUGUACGCCUGUAUGCCUGUUCUUGCUGGUGGACUUCCAUCUUGCCCAGCCAGAGAGGGGAGCAGGACAAGGCCUCUGGUGCUACCUGUGUUUGUGUGAGUGCCGAGUGUCUCUUGUUGCAUAUACGUGUGCUCUGUGCACUGGUGCCUGCUGCAAAUGCAUCUUCUCCUACUCUCCUGCUGGGACGUGGGGAUGUUUAGCAGGAGCAGCCUUGCCUCUCUUGGGCUGUUAGAUCUGCUGUGGUAUGUUUUCCUCUAGCAGUGAAGAGGCAAGUUAAGUAUUUAAAUAUCUACUGAGCACACUUUCUAUUCAAAGGUUAAUUAUCUUUUUAAGCGUGUAAUCAAAAUGCUAGGGAGAAAAUGCUUCCUUAUUAAUUUCUACUAAAUCAAUCUUACAUUAAAAAAAUCCAUAGUUCUCCUAAAAGUCUUCUGAAAAUACCAAAGAAAGCUGUAAAAUUGAAAGUCAGAGAGGUAAGUGCAUAUAAAAGUACACCUCCAGUGACCUGUGGUUUAGUGCCUUCCCCAGGUAGAGGUGGCAUCUGAAUAUUUAAUAGCUCUCAAUUGUUGUGGUUUUUUGAUGAAUCUAUGUAAUGGCUGUUGAAUUCAUGUGUACUUGCCCACGGCAGGGAGUUCUAUAGCUUUACUGCGUUAUGUGAAGGAGUAUUUCUUUGAUUCUGACCCUGCUGGUUUCAUUUCAUAGGCCUUAGUCUAGGGACAUGCAGAACAGUUGUUUUCCAGUCAGGAUUUCGUAGAUGGUUUUUCAUUGCUUGCCCUUAGAAUUUUCAUGGCUCUGACUAUUUGUAUUUAUAGUAAAACUACUUGUAGCUAAACAAUUUGGUAUAGUUUCUUUUCACUUGUGGUCAUUUGUUUGAUUAUAAAACUAAGCUGUUAUCUUUCCUGCUGCUCUCCAAAAGGCUGCUGGACUCAAUGUCUGCUGUUUGUACCACUGAUGCCCCCCCUGAGUCCCACUGACUGGUUCUGAUUCAGCUGAAGAUUUCAUCUAACAUUCCCUGGGUCCCCAGGAUGUGAACUGGAGCUGGCUGUGAGCCUCCUGAAGGCUGCAGAGACUGGCUACUGAAACCACUCACUAUUCAGUUGGGAGCAUCACUGUCCAUCAUCCGAAUAGGCAUUUACACACCAUGUAAUGGGAUGCCGCCCACCAGAUGCUGGAGACGUUGGGUCAUUUGAUAGGGGAAUGAUGGGGAUGUGCAGCCCACGGGUGGUUCAGGGGAGUCCUUAUGGCCAGCUGUUGCUGAAAGGCCAGGUAUCACUGAAGCAGGAGGGGAAGACAAGACUGAAUGUGCGUAUCCAGAAAUACGCCACUCAUAUAUUUUGGUAUCGACUUAGAUGCAUUGCAUGUAUUUAGUAACCUGAAGUAGCUGAUAUGUCACUGGAUGUGGUAUGUGGGUAGUGUGCAGUAUAUACAACUGAAAGCGAGUUUUAUAAUUUUCAGCUGAUCUUGUAUGAGAUCUCAGCUUCACUGUGGGGUCUGUGUUUGUUCAUUCUGGUUCAAGGACUUUAGCCCUUACGGUGUAGUAAAAGUUAAAUACCAAGCCAAAUUAAUGUUACUUGAAGCAAAACUGGGGUUUGUCUCGUUCGAGGUGCACGAAGGAUGCAAUCACUUUUGGUGACUGUAAGCAAGGACUCUCUCUGAAUUCUGAAAUCCCAAAUCAUUGCUCAAAACAAUGACUCUCGCCUGUUUUCUGUGGUUCAAAUACAUAUUGCUGCCUGGGCAGAAAUACCUUGGACCAUCGCUGUAACCCAUCUUCCUUUCUGGAGUCCAGCUCAAUCUUUUUACUGACAUGAGACCCUGUCCUCAUGUCGUUUGGUGUUUUCCACCUCCAGUCUUCUCUGGGCAUUGGUUCGAAUGCGUUAUUACAUACCCUGCUGAAGCACACCGCCUGCUGGGAUUGGCUUGAUAAAGGCAAUGCAUGAGCUCUCAAGUAUUUUUUAUCUUCUACAGUGUGUUUCCUAAAAUGACCUAAAGCAGUGCACAGACUGGGAACUGUUGGGGUGCUUGUGAACAGCUUGCUUCUGACAACCCUUGAAGCUGGAGCAGUCUCUGCUGGGGCCUGUGCUUUCUGCAAAAAAGGUACAAGUGGAACGAUUUCGUUCUUGGUUGCAGGUGGGGCACAACAAAGUGCUCGCAUCUUAGCUGCCUUUGUAGGUGGUGGUACUAACGGUUCAGCACUGCUGCAUUUUGGAAAGUCACUGUAGUUAAUAUCACGGUGUCGUCUAGUUCUGAUCCUCAGGGAAAGGAGAUCCCUUGCCUCUCCUGGUGUGGUAGGUGCCUGACGUUUUCCAGGGUGACUGCUAGUGGGCUGUAUUGUUUUACACUGUGCAGAUUAGCCCUGCAUAUAGCCGUAGAACUGUGAAAUGGUUCCUUGGAGCUGUCACUCUUGACUGGGGAGUAAAGUGAAAAGAAAGUCGACAAACAUCUAGGCCCCCUAAGAGCACACUGAUGCUAUAGUGAUGCUACUCUAAAUGGAGCGAGAGUUUCUUUGUUGCUCUGGCAACUGUUGCCCCCCUGCCCCCAUCUCCUCCCCCUCUCUCCAAAUGCCCCCUAGAUCCUGUGUUUUAGUCCUGUGAAGCUAAGGAUAGAGCAUUAGCUCUGGCGUAACACUUGGCCCAUCUCAGAGGUGAGCAAAAGAAGAUAAAUGAAGAAUUGUUUGGCAAUCCCCUCUCAACUUUCCAGAGAUGCCUGGCUGGAGGGGAACUUUACUUACAGAGGAGAUUGUCCCUGCAUGGUGCUUUCUGGGACAAAGCAGGGCAUGAGUUUAACCAGGUGUGCCUGAGCAGAAAAGGCAAGGCAGCGAUGUAGCAGCACUGCUCACAAAGCAGCCUUGGCCUCUGCCACAUUCCAGACACUUCUUGCUGGGACUUGUGGCUCUUGUCACAGGCUCCCCAUCUUCCUUUUGUCUUGCUGCCUGAGGUCAGUGAGUUUCAGGGUCAGCUCCUUUGUUCCUCCCUCCUCCUACAACCACCAGGAAGCAUCUCCUCACUUCUUGUGUUGCACUUCUCUUGGAGAAAACGUGCAGAAAUAAAAACCGUGCAAUUCCAAAGUUUGUCUUGUUUAACCUUUUUUUUUUUGAAAAUGUCAUCUUAUUUUUACUGUCAAAUACACAUUCUUAGUGAAAGAUAAAUAAAAUCACCUAUGGUCUGUAUUCCUAUUUCUUACUUAAAAAAGGGGCAAAAUCAAAUUCUUCUGUUUUAUUACAUAACUUCAUUUAUAGAGAUAAGGAGGACUGUGACACAGUACUCAAUUAAAUCUCAUUACGGUGCUUAUUUCAGGCAUUCAGGAAUCGUAGCCUUAGUGCUGCCAAAUUAGGAGAUUUUUGAAUGCUGCCAAUAAGCCUGGACCCUCACCAUUGCUGGAAGGCAUGAAGUGUAAUUUAUUUAUUUCUUCUUUUUAAAAUACACAGGAACCAAUUAUGGUUGGAGGCAACAGAUUUUUGCCAGCAGAAUUUUUGGCUUUUCAGCGUUUAGGUAAAACUGUGGUUCUUUGCCAGCCUGUAUCCUUUGGAGAGGGGCAAGGUUCUUUGUCCACGGACUAGGUGGUAAAAUCUUUCUCCAGCAAAGACCUGCAAAGUGUAUGUCAUGUGCCUUAGAGAAGGAGGAGGUGGGUGAAUGCCAGCUGCCUCUCGGCUGGAGAACAGCAGCUGCUCUUAGAUUAGCUCCAGCCUGGCAGCUGAGGCAGGCAGGGGCUGUUUACUGAGAUUUUUUGUGACCUAAUGGUUUUAGUCUUUGUGCUUUUAUGUUAGUUUGCCACCUCUUCUGGCAUGAAUUCAGAUCUCUUUGCCUACUGUACUACCAAUUCCUUUUCUUUUAUGUCGCCCCAUGUUAGUCCAAGUGCAGCAAAAGCCGCAGAUUUGAGCAGGUCCAUUUGUUUGUCCAGGUUGCCCCUAAGGGAUUUCGUAAGCCUGGGAAUCAGAAAACGGUAGCUGUUCAUCACACAGUAGUGUCCAUAGUAGCCUCAAGACAGGCUAAAAACUGAGAGCAUCUGCAUCUAGGGCCUCCCUACCCUGUAGCUGUCUGUAGUCUCCCUGACAAUGCAGAACUUUGUUAUUUAAUGACAAGAAGUGUUAUAGAACACAAUUACUCUGCCCAUCCCUUCCGUAACUAUUGGAGACACUGGCAAGUUUGACUGAUGAGACUACUAUUUUAAGUCCAACAUGGUUUAUAGCUGUAGGCCUAAUAGAAAAGGCAGGUGUAGGUUUGUACCCUCGCUGGAUGGAGAACCCACCAUGUGUUCAGCUCGUGCUUGUUCUGCUCUGCCAGUGGAUGGUAUGACUGGGAAACCUCGCUCAGCCCCAGACCCAGCCUGAGCUUCCUCUGGGAUCUGGGGGGAUUUGGUCUGAUGCAGUGUGGAGUGGGAGCAAGCAGGGUUAUUGCGCAGGGAGUGAGGGCACACAGAGCAUGUGUUAACUUCGUUUCCUAAUGAGAAACCUAAUCUCAUGAUGCUUGCAGAAUGGCUCCUGAACUAAUUCAAAAGAAGUGUAUUCUUUAUAAAAGAGAAUCAAGAACCUUCCACUUUCCCUUGACAUGUUAAUGGUGAUAAUCCAAGGCUGGGGAACAUUGCAGAUGUACUUUCCUAGUUUAAGCUGAGCUGCUGCCGGAAGCCCACAGAUCUUUAUAAUUCUACAGCUGCCUGCAUACGUAUGUGAUCAUGGAUUUUCCAGGACACUUUGAGCAAAUCUUUCAGCAGCUCAACUACCAGAGGCUUCACGGCCAGCUUUGUGACUGUGUCAUUGUGGUGGGAAACAGGCAUUUCAAAGCCCAUCGCUCUGUUUUGGCAGCAUGUAGCACACAUUUCCGAGCUCUGUUUACUGUAGCGGAAGGAGAUCAGACUAUGAAUAUGAUUCAGCUGGACAGUGAAGUGGUGACAGCAGAAGCUUUUGCUGCUCUGAUAGACAUGAUGUAUACUUCCACACUAAUGCUUGGGGAGAGCAAUGUUAUGGAUGUCUUGCUGGCUGCUUCUCACUUGCAUUUGAACUCUGUUGUUAAAGCCUGCAAACACUACCUUACUACCAGGACGCUGCCGAUGUCUCCACCGAGUGAUAGAGUUCAAGAGCAAAAUGCACGCAUGCAGAGGUCUUUCAUGCUCCAGCAGCUUGGACUGAGCAUUGUGAGCUCUGCCUUAAAUUCCACUCAGAACACAGAGGAACAACCAAAUACUAUGAGCUCCUCGAUGAGAAGUAACAUCGAGCAGCGCACUACUUUUCCUAUCCGUCGUCUCCACAAACGUAAACAGUCUUCUGAAGAUCGGGCCAGACAGCGCAUCAGGCCUACCAUGGAUGAGUCUGUUUCUGAUGUGGCUGCAGAGAGCGGGCAGUCAGUAGUUCAUUCACGGGAAGAUUUCUUCUCGCCAGAUUCACUGAAGAUUGUGGACAACUCUAAGGCCGAUGCUGUUGCUGAUAACCAGGAGGAUAAUACUAUUAUGUUUGAUCAGUCUUUCAGUGCUCAGGAAGAUGCUCAAGUGCCCAGCCAAUCUGACAACAGUGGAGGAAACAUUUCACAAAUGUCCAUGGCAUCACAGGCAACGCAGGUGGAAACCAGCUUUGACCAGGAUGCUGCUUCUGAGAAGAGCAACUUCCCAUGUGAGAAUCCAGAGGUCAGUCUGAAUGAAAAAGAGCACAUGAGGGUGGUGGUGAAGUCUGAACCCUUGAGUUCUCCAGAGCCUCAAGACGAGGUGAGCGAUGUCACUUCCCAAGCGGAGGGCAGUGAGUCUGUUGAAGUGGAAGGAGGAGUAGUGAGCGCAGAGAAGAUAGAACUGAGUCCCGAGAGCAGUGAUCGUAGCUUUUCUGACCCACAGUCCAGUACUGAUAGGGUGGGAGACAUCCAUAUUAUGGAGGUGUCAAAUAACCUGGAACACAAAUCUACUUUCAGUAUCUCAAAUUUUCUAAAUAAAAGCAGAGGUGGUGGUUUCGGUGCUAGUCAAAACAGUGAUGACAACAUUCCAAAUACCACCAGUGACUGCAGGAUGGACAGUGAUGCUUCUUAUCUCAUGAGUCCGGAGUCGGGGCCUGCUGGUGGCCAUUCAUCUGCCACUGUCUCUCAUGUUGACAAUCCAUUUAGUGAGCCUGCAGAUUCUCAUUUUGUUAGACCAAUGCAGGACGUGAUGGGUCUCCCCUGCGUACAGACUUCUGGGUACCGGGCAGCGGAACAGUUCGGCAUGGAUUUUCCACGGUCGGGCUUGGGCUUGCACUCCCUGUCAAGGGCAAUGAUGAGCUCAGUAAGAGGUGGAGCUAGCAGCUUUCCCGGCUACCGCCGCAUAGCCCCCAAAAUGCCUGUGGUGACCUCUGUCAGGAGCUCCCAGCUGCAAGAUAACUCAUCCAGUUCCCAGCUGAUCAUGAAUGGGACCACUUCUUUUGAAAACGGGCAUCCACCACAACCUGGUCCGCCACAGCUGACAAGGGCAUCUGCAGAUGUCCUUUCAAAAUGCAAGAAGGCCUUAUCUGAGCACAACGUCUUGGUUGUAGAAGGCGCACGCAAGUAUGCGUGCAAGAUCUGCUGCAAGACAUUUUUGACCUUGACAGACUGCAAGAAACACAUCCGUGUCCACACAGGAGAAAAGCCUUACGCCUGCCUGAAGUGUGGCAAGCGGUUCAGCCAGUCCAGCCACCUGUAUAAACACUCCAAGACAACCUGCCUGAGGUGGCAGAGCAGCAAUCUGCCUAGCACUUUGCUUUAACCUUCUCCACCUGGGGCCUGAAGGAGAAUGCCAGUGCAGAUGUCUAGCUCCCUGAAGCACCACAGGAACAUGAACACUAUUUUCUUCAAGGCUGCAGGCUCAGAGGCUGCUCUUGUUGGUCAGUGAACACUUAUGUGUGAUGGUGCCACACACACAAAAGUCUUGGUUCUGUCAAUUGGGGAUAUUACUGUACCUACCUCACAGGGGUGUUGUGAGGCUUAAACAGCUGUAAGCGAAGAAGUUGGAGAUCCUCAGAAGUCACACUGUAGAUGUGUGAAGUGUUACUAUGAUGUACGUUCAAGCCUUGGGCUGACGGGGAUACAAUCCCUAAAACUAAGCAGUUCCUUUGCAGGGCAGAGGGGUGAGAGCAUAGUUAUCUCAUGAAGUAGCAUGUUUCAAAAAUGAGAAACUGAAGUGCAAAUUUCCUCUUUUUUUUUUUUCUAAAGUAUUUUGUAAAAGUGAAAGCAUUUAAAUAAAUGACCUGUAAAACAAGUUGCUGCAUUAUGUAUGGACAGUAAUGCAAGAGCUGUUUACUGUAACUAACGCAGAGUGCGUAUCUUUAAAAGAGAAAAACAACUUUGGGUGCACCUGUCUGACAUAAUCGUUUAAAAUAUGCUAAUUAUAAAAAUAGUUUUAGGGUUAUGAAUGUAUGUUUGGCUGUUUUGUAGUAAAGGACACUGUGUGAUGAAGGUGCUUAAAUUAAAUCCGAGACAAGUAACUUUUGGACUGCCAGAUGUAUAUAUACUUUGAAUACAGCAAGAUCUGGAUGUUUGACUGAUUUUUUUUUCUGUAGAAACUUGUAUUAAGUGAUAAGUGAAGUACUGUUUCUUGUUCGUGCUAUUCUUAGCAGUAUUUUAACCAAUUUGUAUCUCCUACAUUGAAAUUCUAUGUACACAGAAGUCUGAAAAGAGCUUGUCUUUGUCUGCUUUGGUUUUUUGAAAGAGAGGGAGAAUUUGUGAUGGCUUUUUUUACUGCGUAAGGUAGUCUCUUGCUGUUUCCAGAUGCUGAUAGUCAAUCUGAUCCCCAUUGUUGCAUAAGCAUAUUGUCCUUUUCUGACACUCUUAUCUUCAGGCUUUAAUUUCCUCCUCUGUACACUUACUUACUUUCCUUCACAACUAUGGAUUGUUCCUCAGAUCAAACCAGUCAGGAAUGAUCCUCAUUUGCCAUAUUUAUUUAUGUCUCUCUAUAAAAUGUAGUUGUCAAAUCCAGUCCUUCCACUUAAAGUAGUGUCAUAAAUGUACUUUUCCACAUAAAUUUAAAAAAAUCUAGCAUAAAUUUAAUUUUUAAAAAUAGCACUGUACACUUUGUAUAGCAGAAAUUCGGUGAUUGUUAUUCUUCAAGUGAAUCAUGUAAAUCUUGUUUUAAUUUCCUUUUCUUUGAUACCAUUGUAACUAAUACUGUCUGCAGUCUCUUUUUCUUUGUUAAAGAUGCACAUGAACUAACUACUGGUGUUCAGCAUAUUAGGUUUCUAAAUAAAAUUUUGGAGCACUUCUGCUGAUGAAUGUUGCUCUGCCAUGUAGGAGCUGGGUCAGGGCUGCAGCAUGUCCAUUCUGCUCGGGAGAGACAGAGGAUUUGCGUUUCCUGCUAUCUAAGUCACAGAGCAACAGCUUUCCGUUAAUAUAAAAAAAAAUUGCAAACCUUCCCCUUUUAUUUUAUUCUGUAUAGCAAAUGUAUCCUGUGUGAUGAUAUUCAGAAGUUUUUACGGAGUUUGUGCUACCGAAUAGUUAGCCUUCUUAAACAUCUUGGACUUAUAUUCUGAUAAACUGAAAAUUAAAAUACUAAUCCACAGACCUGUAGGUCAUUUAGCAGGAUGAACUAUCAAAACUGUUGCAGCACAGAAACCAAACAGUCAUUGUCAGACCAAAGGAAACAUGGAAAUCUUUCUGUACUUGGCUUUAUGUGAAACAGUAGUCCGCUAAUGAAGAAACAUGUCUUCAUCUCUAAUUACACUGCUUCACAUUGGAAAAAAAAAAAAAAAAAAAAGCCAAAUGUCUGUCAACGUGUCAUUUGCACGUUGAGUAUCCAAGGUAAACAGGAACGUGGAAACAUGGUGAAUGAUUGGAUUAAUUCCUUUAAAAUGUUAAGAUUUUGUUAUAGGAUUUAUUUAAUGAUCAUAUUUCCAGCUCUUGAUUUUAUAAGCAUUAAGGAAAUAUGCUGCAUUUUUUAAAGCAGUAGGAUAUGCCAUUUUUGUUUGAUAAUAAUUUUGAUAUCAGGGGACUAACAGCAUUGAGCUAUAUACUAAACAAUCUCACUGAAACAUCAAUAAAAUGCAGUAUUUUGUACUUUAAUAUUUUCUUGUGUUGCCUUAUUAGUAAUGUCCUGGUUGUUUCAUCUUCCUUGCAUUUCUAGUGUUUUUAAAAUAGGGGGUUUUUUACAUUUUCCAUCUGUUUCCUAUAGCACAUCUGAAUUCCUUGAAUUCUUAUGAUGCAUAGAAAUAAAGCAUCUAUGUGAGUAAGGAGGUCAGAGUAAUUAAGAACUAAUAUGAGCAGAUAAAUAUAUUUAACUGUACUUUUGAUCUGUUUUUAUAAAAAUUUUAAUGUCAUUGUGACAUAUCAAUCCUUGUGCAGGAGGACUUCUGUCUUCUUUCUUUAAGAAAAAAAUCAACUUGGAGCAUUUUUGGAAGUAGCAAAUUUAAAUUUAAUUAUCAUUGGCAUCUGGUGCACCUGGAGGAGCACACUGCAAACACAGGAGCAUGUGGUCAGCUUGUUGCUUUCCUAGUCUUCCAGUAUGAAGCAAUAUCUCAGAAUGGUAUAUCCACUUAGCUAUCCCCUACUGUAAAAUGAGAGUAUCUCAUCUCAAAGCCUGGUAACGUUGUCAAAAAACUUGUCACCCUGACUUCUGUUCAAAGUUUAACUUCACAAAUGCUACAGUGAGAUCUCAUGUGAAGAUGUCAGUGUGUUAGUAUUAUGAAACAUCUGAAAAUAAACCCUACAUUUUUGUGCUGCUG